UUUAAUGUCAUGACACCUAAAAAAUAACCCUUUAGAAUCUGUCCAGAUUAUUGUCACCUGAAGGAGCAAUUAAAGUCCUCUCUUUGCAAAUUAUUUUGAAAUUCAGUGGAACUGACCUCAAAUCCUGUGGACCAUGUUGAUGAGACAGACAACCGCGGCGUCACCCAGAAGACCCCAGGACCUCUACGAGUAUGAUUUCCACGAUGUGAGCCACCCCGAGGAGGUGCUGGAUGCCCUGAGGGGUUUCUACUCUGAAGGCCUCUUCACAGACAUCGCCCUGCAGUGCUCCUCUGGUCAGGUCCUGCACUGCCACAAGGUGGCGCUCUGCGCACGCAGCUCAUACUUCAGGGUCAUGUUCACUGCUGACAUGAGGGAGAGGACCAACAGCCUCGUCAGGCUGCCUGUGGUGGAAGUGGAGGUCUUGUCAGCCUUGGUAGACUACAUUUACUCCUCCAGCUUCACCAUAACCCAGCUGAACGUGGAGAGCUUGCUGAAGGCCGCUGACCUGCUGCAGUUCGGAGCGGUGAAGAUGGCCUGCGAGGCCUUCCUGGUGCGUCUGCUGGAUGUAGACAACUGCCUCGGCAUGCUGCCGUUCUUCCAGCUCCACGCAUGCCUCACCCUGGAGAAAGAAGCCCGCAGGCUGCUAGCGGGCAGGUUUCAGGAGGUGAUCAAAGAAGAGGAAUUUCUUGAACUGGAUCCCGACAGCCUGAGGACUGUCCUAGCAGAGGAGAACCAGGAAGUGGUGGCGGAGGCAGUGGUCAGGUGGCUGGGUCAUGACCCUCUCAUCCGAACAAAACAGCUCUCCUCCCUGGAACUGCACAUUAACCCAACAAACCUCAGCAAUGCCUUGCUGAAAAUGCGCGGUUACAAUGAGCUAAAUGACUCUGACAGCCUCCUUUCUAUGUCCACCAUAACGCCAAUGUUCAAACAGUCCUCCAUGAGGUCUAACAGGAUGAGAUCCAGCUCCAGGAUGAUAACAAUUGGGGGCUACCAUUGGCGCCCUUUGUCCAAGGUCCAGCGCUGGGACGUGCUGAGCGGGGAGUGGGUGCAGGGUGAAGAGAUGCCGGAUUACACCAAGGAGAGCUAUGCGGUGGCCUUACUGGGCUGUACCAUUUAUGUGAGCGGGGGGUACAGAACCAACACCACUGAGGUGUUGGAUGCAGUCUGGGAGUACAACAGCGAUUCUGACUAUUGGACUGAAGGACAGUCCAUGUUGACCGCCAGGUACUACCACUGUUCAGUGGCUUGUUGUGGCUGUGUCUAUGUUAUGGGAGGCUACAGAGGAGGUUCAGCAAUGUCACAGACUGAACAGUUUGAUCCACUGAAGAGGAGGUGGAUGGCUGUAGCUGACAUGGUGCAAGGUGUGGGGAACGCCUCCGCGACUGUGUUGGGAAACAACAUCUAUGUAGCAGGUGGUAAUUACGGCUUCAAGGGCAGCUGCAGCUUCAACAAGAUCCAAAGUUACAAGGUUGACGUCGACCAGUGGAGUAUCCUAACCACUUGCCCCCAUCCAGAGUACGGGAUGUGCCUGGUGUCUUUGAACGGCAGCCUGUACCUGGUAGGGGGCCAGACCACCCUCACCGAACGCUUCGACCCGGACACAGAAGAAUGGAUCUCGCUUGCCAGCAUGAAGGAGAGGAGGAUAGAGUGCGGGGCGGUGGCCAUGCUGGGCUGCGUGUACGUCACUGGGGGCUAUUCCUGCUCUAAAGGGACCUACCUGCAGAGCGUGGAGAAAUAUGACCCUCACACAGAUGCAUGGGACAUCGUCGGCGAUCUGACAGAAGCGGCGCGUUUGCACGGCUGUAUCUCUGUUUAUAACGGUGUAGACGGACAGUGUCAAGCCAAAAGAUAUUGCAUCAUCACCUUAUCUUGGAUUGCAAAGUGCCAAUAGGGUGAGCUAGCUCCCAGUUAGGCAGGGAUGUACCAGCUGGUUUGAGUUUUAUAAGUAUAAUGUGGUUCUCCCAGGGUCUGUCUCCUGAACUGCCUCCUCCAAACCAGCAGGGAAAACUGGAAAACAAACUGGAAAGGGAAUGUUUAAUGCUCAUGCACAUUUAAUUAUCUCUGGGGUUCUAGAAAUAAAGAAAAGAAAGUUGACAUUUGGGGAAUACGCUCUCUCUACCGACCAGCACCUCUAAUGCUCACUAAUUAACACAGGAAGUCACCACUGACACUGCCGCUGCCAAGAUAAGGUGCGGCAUAUGACCCUCUGGAAAACCGCAACACCUCGUUUUUUUGGUACAGACUAAAACAAAAGAGUGUAAAUGUGGUAAUUAGUGAGCUUUUGAGGUACUGUGAGGCAGAUUUUGUUACAUUUGGACACAGCUCUUUCACCCUGUUUCCAUUCAUUAUGCUAAGCUAACUGUAUCCUGGCUGUAGUUCCAUAUUUUAUGAACAGUUAUGGGAGUAUAUUUUCGAUCUUCUUAUCUAACUUUUAGCAAGAAAGUGAAUAGGUCACGUGUAUUUCCCAAAUAUCAAACUAUUCCUUUAAAGCUUCAGUUGGUUACUUUUAUAAAAAUACGUUUUUUUGUCAUAUUUUUUCAUACUUUAGUGUAGGACGACUGUUUGGCUAUAGCUAAACAUGGCUGGUCGCCAUGUUGAAAACAGUCGAGCCAAAACCGGGUGGGUCAGAAACGUUCUCAUUUUACAGCUAAAAUAUGUUUCUGAAAACAUUUGAGGCAAGAAUUAGGCAUUACAGUAACAUAAUCUUUAUUCAUAUUUAAUCAGCGCUGCCUAGUUUUACAGUUUGAUCACAGUUCACAAGCAGCGAUUGACUCUGCGUUCGGGACUCCUCGGCUCUGAUUGGUUGUUUUCCACAUUAUCACAUACAUUAUUUGUCUUAUUUGCAACUGUCUUCACAUCGUGAUAGUUUUAGCAAAUGUGAUAAAAAGUUAUUUUUUAUAAAAGUUACCAACUGCAGCUCUAAGUCUCAGAAUUUGUAGAAUUUUUAUCUGUGGGCCCAUAGUCAAAAAAAAUGGUGGCUCAGUUGGCCACUGUGUAUUUGCAACAUGCAACCUGAAGAUCGGUUCAAAUCUUUUUCCCCCUAGUUUUAGCCACCCCCCUGCUCCCUCACUUUAACCCACCCUGCUGUAAACCAAAGGCAACAACUGCCCAUUGUGAAUUAGCAAAACUGCUGUCUGGCUACUUUUCCUGGAACUCAAUCUGCUGCUUCAUGACCUUUUUUCAACCUUAAGAUCUGUUUUGCGUCACAGUUUUGCCACAUUUCAGAUAUACUCUAAGAAUCUGACAGACUGAUGGCUGGUGUUUUGCAAGUUUCCCAGGGGGCAGAAAUAAUCCAAUCCAAUAUUUUUCACAGCAAACAUUUCAACUUGUCAUAGCAAGACAAGUAAUGCUGUAACAUUAAUGAAGGCUCAGUUCCAGCGGUGAGCCAUGACAGUGUGAAUUCAGCCAUCAUUAAUUUUAUUAUUUACUUUACACCUGCUUUUCCUACUGUGACAUUUCAAAAUGUCUUUCUGUGGGAAAAAAGGCCUAUUAGAGUUGAGUAAACUUU